AUGCCUAAACAUGCUGCUGCUGAUAUGAUAGAAGAACAAUGGAAGAAAUUGAGAGACAUUAUAACUGAUAUCUCGUUUGAAGUUCUGGGUGAAAGGGGCCGGAAAAAGAGAACAGAACAUCUCUCAAAGGAUACUAAGAAUCUCCUAAAAGAACGAGGUGAGAUUAAAAAGAAACCUAGUACUGCUGAGAAUCGUGCUAAGUACUCGCAGAUUAACGGUCUUGUUAGGCAGAACUGUAAAAGAGAUGAUAAUGCCUGGGCUGUUAGAGUAGCUGAGGAAUUGGAAGAGGCUGCCAAGCAGGGUCAACAAAGAGAUGUUUGGCAGAAAAUAAAAUCCCUUACAAACAAGAGAGUAAACAGAUCUGCGGCAGUGCGGGAUAAGAAUGGGACACUUAUAUCAGAUCCCGAAGCUCAGUCACAUCGCUGGGCCGAAUAUUUUGAAGAACUCUUAACGCCAGCAGCAGAUGCGGUGGAUUUCUCUCUAUUGGAUGAGGACGAAAAGGUACUUUCUUUUGAAUAUCUUAGUAAUGAUGAUGAGCCACCGUCCUUGUUUGAAAUUGAGGAAGCUAUCAAGAAGUUGAAGAACUACAAAAGUGCUGGAAUUGAUGAAAUUUCAAAUGAGCAGUUAAAGUACGGUUCUCCUGGACUUCUGCCUUGGUUAAAAGAUUUGUUUGAAACUGUUAUACCAAGCUCAGCAUCACAUUAUGUUCACUUUGGGAGCAAGAACAAGUCAAUCAGUGGGGUAAUGAAGGCCCCCGCCGACCCCGGUUGGGGGCCUUCAACCUGGAUUUACAACAACCUCCUAACCAGCAAGCUCUCCUGGGACCUGAUGAUCUACAAUCUCCCGGUGUCUAAAGGUAACUUUCUAAAGAGCAGCAAGGAUCCUAAAGUUAAGGAGGUCUAUGAGCACAGGGCCAAGAGCCAAGAAGGGAGCAGUCAGUGGGGUUACACCAAUGAGCUGAGUGCUAGAGAAAGAGAUCUUUACUUCAGAGAGUUAGUAGGAGUAACAGUGCAAGGCAGGAUGGGCUUGGGAUCCAAGAGGAGUGUAGCCAGUGAAAAGGAAAAACUGAAAGAACUGGUAGCUCACAUCUCAGAGCAGGAUAUCCUGUUGACACUGGUAGACAAGGGAGUCCAAGGACAAUUCUUAACAUGGGAAAACACCAUGCAGCUAGAAUUAGGUUGGAACAACCUUAUUUACAACUACAAGAUGAGCCCUGCUCUACUUAAGUGUAUAGAUAGUAUCAUGAACGAAGAGGAAGCUUUAUAUCUUGAUCAGCUGACCUCAAUCUCCGACGUUCCAGCCUCCCUGCAACACUUCCACAACGAUUACGAAGAUGCCAAAGCGAAGCUGAGUGUCGUUGCUACAGAUACGGCGGCAGUGCACAGAACGCACAAAACAAAGUUACACAAAGAUAUCAGAGAAGCAAGGAAGUACAUAAGGCUAGGCGAGGACUUGGUGGAGAGUACUGAUGCAGUCCGCCAGACACCCAGCGAGGAGCUUCUCGGCAAACUGGCUGCUGUCGAUCAAUUCAGUAAGAUUGCUAAAUAUCUUGACUGGGUCAAGUUCCUGAACGAAGCUGUAAACUUUUUAGAUAAGCGACAAAACAAGGAGAGCUGGAAGAAGUGUCUCCCGAUAUAUGAUGAGUUGAAUUGUUAUUCUAGUCUUGUGGAGGACACUGCAUGUGCUAAUCUGAAGCGGGUUAUGGUAGCAGAGUGUCGGAAAAGAUACAAGAUACUUACUGAGAUGGCUUUGAAAUCAUUCGGUCCAGUGAAUUGGAAAAAUAUAAACCAGGAAACUAUUCCUGGUAUUUUAGAGAAUGUGAAAUUCCUGUUUAAAUUAUCAGAACCGUUAUGUCAUGGGAAACCCAAUCUGAAACUGGGCUUAAAAUACAUUUUCAGCCACUUUGAGCUGCAGUUUAAGUUUCACUUCAUGAGAAAAGUCAAGACAAACGACAUCAAGAAACCUGAGUGGUACUUUACAAAACUGCUGUCCUGGAUACGCGAGUUCAAGGACAAGUUCCAAACACACUUCGGUGUUUUGUUUGAGAACGAAAAUAAUGCAACUAUCACAGCUCUGUUUGUGGAACACUAUUGUGAGUUUGCUGUACUGAAACUCAAUGAAGAUAUCCCUAAACUGGAUGAUGGAUUGUUCACUCAUUACAUUGACGAAGUCAUCAAAUUCCACAAAGAGCUCAAGGACCACAUCCCUCUUUCCCAUUUUAAGUCUCCAAUACUGAACCUCUUCACAGAAGAAAAGACUUUAAACAGGUGGUUACAAUUGGAGACAAUAUCCUCCUUCAAAUUUCUCACAAAUGUGGAGGCAGAUGAACAUUGUUUCGAAGAGAGGGAGAGUGGUAGUGGGUAUCCAAUACCCUCCAUGUGCGUCAGAGUGUUGACAUCGGUGAAGGCUGUAGGAGAAAGAGUAAAAGUGUUCCCAUCUCUAGCUCUCAACAAUUCAUUCUACUCCCUCCAAUGUGAUCUCUUGAAAGAGUUCAUGAUUCAUUUAUCAGACAAGUUACAAAAGUUGGACCCACAAAGACCCCAAGUUUUACCUGGUAGUAAAUAGCGUGGUGUACAUUUUGGCGAUCCUAGAGGAAUGGAGCUACGAUCAGCAUUACAUCAAGGUAUCCAAGUUCGAGGGUGACAAGGCUCCCUUUUCUCACAUCAGCGAUUCCUAUGAACUUCUUCAACAAGAUUUACAGGACUCCCUAGAAUCCUCUAUAUCGAGUAAAGUGAACAGUUUGCUUAGCGGAUACUUCAAGAAAAACUGGAUGCUCCCCAAUAAACUGGAUACUAUAACUCCUUCCUGCUCAGCUGGACUUAUGGAGUUACAACAGUCUCUAGCAAGUCUAUCUGCCUCUCUUGCGCCUGAUAACUUCCUUAAUAUCUGGAGUAACCUUGCCAGCUCUUUACAGCUGACCUUUACUAACAAGAUCCUCUUCAAAUCACAGUUUAAUAUAGCGGGAGCUCAACAG